GUAACGUUAAAAACUGUGAACGUCAAACCGUGGGAAAAUGAUUUUGUGAAAACUCCGUCAAUCGCUGAGCCAAUCGCCGGUGAUAUCGAGAGAGAAAAGAGGAUGGAUAGAAAUAUUUCUCGUCUUAUCGAGCUUCUACACGAGUGCAAUGAACGUAGAAACGACGACAUUAAACAUUACUCCGCGACAGUGCAACAGAACAACCAGAAACUGCUCAAGCCUGGACGGAUAGUUUAUCCCGAUGGAACUUUUCCGCUCCCUGACAAUCUGGAUAAUGGUUUUCUUUCUGGGGUGUUGAGGAUCAGUUCAAAAACGCCUCCCAAUCCUCGGUGCUUCCAUCGACUUCCCCCGGUACUUCAGCAAACCAUGAAUAAUAGUUUUUCUUCAGUAAACAGAAACACUGUAAGUUAUAGAUUACCUGCGUUGAAGAAUGAUUGCCAUGUCUGUUCAGAAUGUCGCCAAUUGGAUGAAAAGAUGUUACGAGACGCUAACAGCGAGAGCGAAUCGGAGCAACUCAAACGCCUUAAAUGUAAACUAAAGUUGAAGGAACGCGCUCAUGUGGAGCAAGAUCUAGGUGUUAUUUAUGAAAAGCCCCCAGCUCUAAGGGUUGUAGAAGAUGACGUGCCUUGUUUGCGUUUAGAAAACCAAACGGGUGCCAAGCUUGGUGAAUAUUUGUCGCUGCCAAAGCUGUAUCUAUCGCAUCAUUCCGCAAAUGCUGCUAGCGCUCAAAAGUCAAGAAAAACAAAACCAAAAACCAUUGAUUCAGUCAGAAGCUUGGAUAGUUCGAGUGAAAAGAAACACCAUUGCUAUAAAUUGUCAAAAACUGAGCAAGUGAACAAUGCAGACUCUUCCAAGGGCAAAAAGUCUGCAAAAGCAAUGAAAUCAAAAGAGUCUAAAUCAGGAAACAAGUGCGAGAGGUCCAAUGCUGAUCAACCGAGAGUUUUGCUGACUCCAUUACGAGGGUUCACGCCACACUGGAGUGAUUUCUCAGAAAGCCCCGAUCCUAUGUUGUGGAGAGAGAAC